AUGGAAGAACUGCAGGAGCUGGUGACCCAUGAACUCCAUGCAGGAGGAAGAGAAGCUGCCGGAACUCCGCCGCCGCCGGCGGUGGAGGAAAUAAUAUCGACAAAGCUCGAGCUAACUGUCGACGAAGUGAUCGAAGAGUACAUUGGGUCGUUUGGGUUUUCACAGCUGAUUCAUGUCUUCUUGGUGUCUCUGGCUUGGAUUUUUGAUUCACAGAACACCUUGGUUACGAUCUUCAGUGACGCUCAGCCGUCGUGGACGUGCAAGGGUGGUGGGUCAUGGUGUGACCCAGGUUCGACCGGGUCGAUCUGUCAGGUCGAACCUGGUUAUUGGGAGUGGAUAGGAGGGAACGGCAGCUCAACGAUAGCUGAGUGGGGACUCGUCUGUGACCGGAAGUUCCGUGCUGGCGUUCCAGCGUCCUUGUUCUUCAUCGGUUCGCUCUUGGGAUCUGCUGCCUAUGGCUACCUAGCAGACUCAUAUCUAGGAAGGAAGAAAGCAAUGCUCCUCGCAUGUCUCUUAACAUCCAUAACUUCCUUCCUCACAUCCUUCUCUCCUAAUGUAUGGAUCUACGCCCUACUUCGUUUCUCAAAUGGUUUUGUCCGAUCUGGUAUCGGUAUCUGCUGUCUUGUCCUCUCCACAGAAAUUGUAGGACGAAAAUGGAGAGGCCAAGUUGGUCAAUAUGGUUUCUUCUUCUUCACUGCAGGUUUCUUUUCACUUCCCUUAAUUGCUUACCCUAACAGAACAUCAUGGAGAAACAUCUACAAAUUCCUCUCCCUUCUCCCCUUCCUUUACUCCAUUUUGAUCCUUCCUUUUGUUUCUGAAUCACCUCGUUGGCUCAUCAUUAGGGGAAGAAACAAGGAAGCUAUGGAAAUCUUAAACAAGUUGGCUAGAUUGAAUGGGAAGAAACUCCCACAUAAUUUGACAAUCUCAAAUUCAUCCACCAACAUAAGUGAUGAAAACCAGAAGAGCUUGUGGAGUGCAAGAUGGGCUGCUAGAAGGAUGUUAACAGUUAUGAUUGCAGGUUUUGGAGUUGGGUUUGUAUACUAUGGCAUUCAAUUAAACGUUGAGAACUUAAGCUUCAAUCUCUACUUCACGGUUGCACUAAACGCACUUAUGGAAAUUCCGGCUGUAUUCAUGGGAGGUGUGCUUCUAAGCUUCAUGGACCGCCGUGUUCUAACCUCGGCAUCAGCUUACAUCGCCGGAACUUCAUGUAUACUCUGUGUCUUCUUAUCUAGAAAGAGCACAGGCAAAGAAGCUGCUAAGAAUAGCUGGUCUCAGUUAACUAUAGAAGCAAUUGGAUUCAUGGGAGCUUCAACAGCAUUCGAUGUACUCUACAUUUACUGUGUUGAGUUGUUUCCGACAAAUGUCAGGAAUUUCGCGGUAUCAAUGUUGCGUCAAGCACUGAUGUUGGGAGCAUCAAUUGCUCCACUUCUGGUAGUGUUAGGCCGUUUGAGUCCAUCAAUUUCUUUCCUGGUAUUUGGGGUCCUUGCAAUUUUAAGUGGGAUUGUGACAAUGUGGCUUCCUGAGACGAGGAAUUCUCCCCUGUACGAGACAUUGGAACAGCAAGAGGAGGAGGAAAAGCUAACUGCAUCCUCUGAUUGUGAGAUAGAACUUGGAAAGCACUAAUUAGCUUUUUAAAGAUCUUUAAGUCCUGGUCUCCCAUUCCU